GUUAGCCCAAUUAGGCCGCAGUUUAACCGGCCACGGUACCUUCACAGCGCCAACGCCACAGAAACCGCCUCUCGAACCUCCUGGAGGCCGUCUGCCGGCGACUUGGAGUUGGAGGUGGACGCCUCGAGCGGUCGAGCCUCGCUGGACCAGUCGGUCGCCGCGGUGUCGUACCCGUACGCGUGGAAGCGGGAGCAUGCGCGAUGCGGGCGUGUGCGUGGGGAGGAGUCGACGACGGGUAACCACGGCGAGCGGCGAAUGCAAAGCCCGCCCAGUCUCGUCGUUCUCCUCCCCUUCGCCUCCCGCCAGGCACGUCUGCCAGUGCGUGGCGGCCGCGGCGCGAGUGUUGGAGGUCUCGAGGGGCUGGUGGUUCGGAGCACGUCGAAUUUGUUCGCGUGGGCUACUAUAGCCGCCGCAUGGGGCACGAAAGCUAGCGUCGAGAGCUCUGGAUGGCGAUGCUCGGCGAAUCGGCCAUCCAAUCACCAAGCUUCGAACGGACCGCCGGCAACCGGCGGUGAGGAGGCGAACGUCGUAAAGCUUCUUCUCCAGGAGCCUCGAGGAAUCUUGUCGUGCAGCGCCUGCUGUACUUCGAUUUGGCCUUUUCGUCUGUAUCGCCAUCAGGCGAAUAGGGGAUACAAGUCCUAGAUCUCUUGACGGUGCUUGAGGGCCAUACACGAGAGGAAGAGAACUAGGUGUAGCCAAGGACAGACUUGCCGACUAAGUUCUAAGCCACAGCACAGCAAGCUGAGACGCCUCCAGGUUCCAGGAGCCGGCAAGUCAUCCUUGGCUGCAUCCCGUUCUCUACCUCAUAGCACAUGGCAACCCAGCAGAAGCCACCCUCCCUCCUCUCCCUUCCCCUACGACUGUGGUGUGGUUUCUUUGCUUCUCUGUGUGGAGGGAGAGUCUGCAAGUGUUGUGCAUUGCUGUGGGUUGUGGUAUGGUGUGCAUUUAUAGGCACCAACAAGUUGGAUUUGGAAUAAUGGAGGUCACUGCACAUUGGAUUCUUUAUAUCACAAAAGUUUCAACCUAAAGCUUUCCAUUUUUGGGAUGCGAUACGAUAGCUCAGCGAUUGGCUGGGUCUGGA